ACGCAAACGCUUCCUAUAAAUAAGCCGACAGCAAGAGUGGGCGCUCACAUUUAUUACGAGAGCCAUUAAUUCUGCGAAUACACAAUAUUCAAAAGCGCUUACCUGAAUUUCAGUCGAGAUCAACCCUGCAAACAUGAGUUCACUCAUAUGUGAGAAUGGUGGUAGCAGUAAGCCAGUGAAGAAGAACGCAGUCCUGGUGGAUGGAGUGUAUCUGAACGGCCCCAUCAUGGAUUCCAAGGCUGGAGAGCGCUUUGUGGAGGAGGCCUUCCCUAUCAUCAUGGAGGAGGCCAUAAGGAAGGCCACUGACGUGAAUGAGAAGGUGUGUGAGUGGCAGCCCCCUGAGGAACUGAAGCAGUGUCUGGAUCUGGACCUGAGGGAAGGUGGUGAAGCUCCCCAGCAAAUCCUGAAGCGCUGCAAGGAUGUUAUCAAAUACAGUGUCAAAACAGGUCACCCCAGAUUUUUUAACCAGCUGUAUGCUGGCAUGGAUCACUACUCACUGGUUGCACGCUUUAUCACAGAAGCUAUCAACCCCAGUGUGUAUACAUUUGAGGUGUCCCCAACCUUUGUGAUGAUUGAGGAAGUUAUUUUGAAGAAGAUGAGUGAAUGCGUAGGCUGGGAAGAAGGAGGUGAUGGUAUCUUCAGUCCAGGAGGUUCUAUUUCCAAUAUGUAUGCUGUGAAUCUGGCCAGAUACAAGCACUGCCCCAGUAUAAAAGACGAGGGGCUUUCUGGUAUGCCAAGGCUGGUUAUGUUCACUUCAGAAGAGUGCCACUAUUCAAUAGGCAAAGCUGCUGCCUUCCUCGGUAUUGGUACAAAGAACGUAUAUGUCGUCCCAGCUGACGAAAGAGGUAAGAUGAUUCCUGAGGAGCUGGAGAAACAAGUCCAACGAGCUGUGAAGGAGGGGGCUGUUCCAUUCAUGGUCUGUGCCACUGCUGGCACCACAGUACUGGGAGCUUUCGACCCCCUUGAGAAGAUUGCAGACAUUUGCCAAAAACAUGGACUCUGGUUCCAUGUUGACGCAUCAUGGGGUGGGGGAGCUCUGAUGUCAAACAAACACCGCCAUCUUCUGAAUGGCAUUCAAAGAGCUGACUCGGUAGCCUGGAACCCACACAAGAUGCUCAUGGCUGGUCUCCAGUGCUGUGCAUUCUUGGUGAAAGACAAGACAGGCCUCUUUGAGAAGUGUCACUCUUCCCAGGCCUCCUACCUCUUCCAGCAGGACAAGUUCUAUGAUGUCAGAUAUGACACGGGAGACAAGUCAAUACAGUGCAGCCGGCGGGCAGAUGCCUUCAAGUUCUGGCUCAUGUGGAAGGCUGUAGGAACCCGGGGUCUGGAAGACAGGGUCAACAGGGCUCUUGCAUUAGCCAGGUAUUUAGCAGAAGAAAUCAAGAAAAAAGAAGGGUUUCGCCUGAUUUUGGAGCCAGAGUAUGCAAACGUGUGCUUUUGGUACAUCCCACCUAGUCUGAGGAACAUGCCAGAUGGCCCAGAGUUCUGGAAGAAACUUCACCAGGUGGCUCCAGUGAUCAAGGAGAGGAUGAUGAAAAAGGGCUCCAUGAUGGUGGGCUACCAGCCUCACAGGGACAAAGUGAACUUCUUCCGACAAAUUAUCAUCAGCCCGCAGGUGAGCCGGGAGGACAUGGACUUUGUGUUGCAGGAGAUUGAGGCCCUGGGCAAGGACUUAUAAUGACUUGGAGGCCAUCUCCAGUAACAUCGGCCAGCCUGUUUACACCAGCAACCACCAAGGACAAGCCUGAUCUUGAGGCCCACACUUGAGAAUUAAAAAAUCCAAACAACAGUGGCACUCUGACUAUCAGAGUGAGACUGGGAAAGUGGGGGGCUGUCAGGAUAGUUAUGUGUAUGUACUGUACACAAUUAGAGGCGUGCAGCUCUAAAAGAGUGAACUAUAUAAUUAGUUAACAUUUGAUUAAAUAUUAGUAUGUAUUCCUUUAUUUUAAUUAUAUAAUUAGCUUAUUUGGGCCAAGAAGAAUCCUUCUAAUGCAAAAAUGUUACAGGCUUUAUGCUGUUAAUAUGAUUUUCUCUGGUAUAACCCUUGCAUUACCUGCUUACUUUACUGUAGACAAGACAAUACUAAUUCUAACUGCUAAUUGAUAAUUGUCCUUGUAAUGUAACUCACACACACGCACACACACACACGCACGCACACACGCGCACGCACACGCACACACACACACACACUCCUUGUAAUAAUAACAGUAUCAUAAUAUGGAUUUUAAUGUUUUAUAUUGUGUAUUGUAAAUUAACAGUGCACUGGAGUUCCUGUGUUUUUGUUUAGAGUAGGAUACAAGGUUUCUAAUCAUGGAAAUGAUCUCAUCAUCAAUUCCUGCUGGACUUUUUAAUGUUCAGACUGAGCCUUCUAUCCCCAUUAGUUUCACACCACGUGAGAUUGUCUGUUCAGUAACAUUUAAUUUAGGUAGUGACAGAGUAAUAGAGUAAUGUGUGCAUCUAAUUAAAUGUUACAGUUACUAAAUCAGGAAAAAAUAGAGGAACACGGGGGAAAAUAAGCUGAAAAGUAGUUUACAGAAUAUUUUUUGCUGUUUUAGAUUUUAUCAUUGUUUUUUUUUUGUUUUAAUUUUUAUUUUGUGUGGUUUUCUGUUAAAUUAUGAUAUGUAUACUGCUCAGCUGCUUAAAGUAUAGCCAGGUAUGUUUUAAAGAAAUAUGGCAUUCCUUUCUUGGCCAUAGCUGUGUGUAAUAAUAUCUUUGCCAGCCAAGAUCAUCACAGCUACAAUCUGGAGAAAACUAUCUUUAUUAAGUAAGAUUAUAUUUUUUACAUCCUGCUCAUAGAACGAGUUAAUAAAAAAAUGUAUUAUAUAUAAUAGAAUGGAGAAUUAAAUGUAUUUAUUUAAAUAAUGUUUUAUAAAACAUCAAUGAAUAUGUGAUGUUUAGCUUAUGAUGAAUAUACAGAUUGUUGUUCACCAAAAUAAAACAUGCUUCCUUCA